ACUUUCUUUUUCACUGUCAUUUUCUCGGGAAAACUGAGGGAGUGAGAAAACCGUGAAAAUUUUGAAAAACCACUGCGAUUCACUGAACAACGAUGGCAACGAUCAGGUCCGUCAAGGCUCGCCAGAUCUUCGAUAGCCGCGGAAAUCCAACCGUCGAAGUUGACGUUACUCUUAGCGACGGAAUCUUCGCCAGAGCUGCCGUGCCUAGCGGUGCUUCUACAGGUGUUUAUGAAGCUCUGGAAUUGAGGGAUGGAGGUUCAGACUACCUUGGGAAAGGUGUUCUCAAGGCUGUGGAAAAUGUGAAUAAAAUAAUAGCACCUGCUCUGCUUGGCAAGGACCCAACAAAGCAGACUGAAAUCGACAAUUUCAUGGUACAACAGCUUGAUGGAACUGUUAAUGAGUGGGGUUGGUGCAAGCAGAAGCUUGGAGCCAAUGCUAUUUUGGCAGUAUCACUUGCUGUCUGUAAAGCAGGUGCUGCAGUGAAGAAAAUUCCGCUGUACACACACAUUGCAAAUCUUGCCGGGAACAAAACUUUGGUAUUGCCUGUACCUGCAUUUAAUGUUAUCAAUGGAGGCUCGCAUGCGGGAAAUAAGCUGGCAAUGCAGGAGUUUAUGAUUCUCCCUGUCGGGGCAUCCUCUUUCAAAGAAGCAAUGAAGAUGGGUGUAGAAGUAUACCAUCACCUGAAGGCUGUGAUUAAAAAGAAGUAUGGACAAGAUGCUACUAAUGUUGGAGAUGAAGGAGGCUUUGCUCCUAAUAUUCAGGAAAACAAAGAGGGUCUUGAGCUUUUGAAGACUGCCAUUGCAAAAGCUGGUUAUACUGGAAAGGUUGUAAUUGGUAUGGAUGUUGCUGCCUCCGAAUUCUAUGGUAGUAAGGACAAAACAUAUGACUUAAAUUUUAAGGAAGAGAAUAAUGAUGGAUCCCAGAAAAUCUCAGGAGACAGCUUAAAGAACGUGUACAAAUCAUUUGUGUCAGAUUAUCCAAUUGUUUCCAUUGAAGAUCCCUUUGAUCAGGAUGACUGGGAGCACUAUGCAAAGUUAACUGCUGAAAUUGGCCAGCAAGUACAAAUUGUUGGUGAUGAUCUCCUUGUCACCAACCCAAAGCGUGUGGAAAAAGCAAUUAAGGAGAAAGCUUGCAAUGCCCUUUUGUUGAAGGUCAAUCAAAUCGGCAGUGUAACAGAGAGUAUUGAAGCUGUGAGAAUGUCAAAGCAAGCUGGCUGGGGUGUCAUGGCCAGCCACCGGAGUGGUGAAACUGAGGAUACUUUCAUUGCUGACCUCUCAGUUGGAUUAUCAACAGGUCAGAUCAAAACUGGAGCUCCCUGCAGAUCAGAAAGGCUUGCCAAGUACAACCAGCUUCUUAGGAUUGAGGAGGAGCUUGGUUCUGCUGCAGUGUAUGCUGGAGCCAAAUUCAGAGCCCCAGUGGAACCCUACUAAUAUGUUCCAAAUUAACUCUGCUAGAAGCCUAGAACUAGAAGAGUAUAAUAUAAUACGUUUUGAUGGGUGUGUAAUUUUGCAAUGAGAAACAUCACAUUGGGUACUUGCAGUAAACUAUAGUCUGAUUUGCUUUGCUCAUGUUUACGGUUGGCUUGUCAAAUAUCAUCAUCAUCAUCAUCAUCAUCUAUAUCAAAUAUUAUAAAGUGGAAGAAUCUAUUUUUAGUGGUA